AUGACAACGUGGUUUAAGCGCACAACGGAGAGCAGUCAGCAUCAGGGUUCAGAGUACAUCAGCAAAGCGUCCCGCAUCCUCGUCAAGCUGCAACGCUAUGACCAGGCGGUGGACAGUCUGCGGCGGGAGAUCGGCUUCCACCAGGAGGCUGGCAAUAUGGGAGCUAUUGGAAGACUCACCGUUGCUAUCGUCCUCGUUCAGCUCGCCAGGGGAGAUGCCGUCGCCGCUGAGAAAGCGUACAAGGAAUGGGGCAGCAACUGCGAGGUGGCGGAGAUGCAGACAUUGGAACAGAUCCUCCAGGCUUAUGAUGAAGAGGACAGGGAGUCAGCGAAGCGGGCGUUGGCCAGCCCCUUCAUACGGAAUAUGGACGUUGAGUACGCCAGGCUGGCCGCCAUGGUACCACUACCAGAAGCCAUGGAGCCAGCCCCGAGAGCCACUGUCGUGGAGAACGCAGCCCCGUCCUACGUCAGUCCCAACGCACAUUCCAGUUCUACCACCACUGCGGAGGUGUGCGGAGUUGAGGAGUCUCCAUACGCUCCGGUGACGUAUGCUCCUAAGAAACCAGCUGAGGACGAAGACGGGCUCUGCUAAGCUGCCGUCACCGCGUUCGUGUU